CAGCACACCUCUCCACUCAGGCAACAAUCCUUCCACCAAGAACAUGAAAACUGCUCCAGGAUCCCCCUACCUCCCUCUGGCCGGACUUGUCAUUGUCCUCCUGUUACUUCAGUCUCUGUUUUUUGCAGUUACAUUUCUUUACUUCCGAAAUGAGAUUAAACAGAUGAAUGAGAACUACAUAAAAAACAAUAUUGCCUGUCUGGUAGGAGAUGACCUGAGUUAUGUCUUUCAACCAGCAAAUAUCAAUAAUGUCGAUGACCAGAAUGAACCAUGUAGAGAAGUGAGGAAACAAGUCCAACGUGUUAUCAGAAUGAUUUUGGAGGAAAAGUAUGGACUUGAAAUAACCUCAUUGAUUAAAGAUAAAGUUUCGGAAGUUCUCCCAGUCUCUGUUGCUGAGAAACAAGUCUACACUGGCCCAAUGAUUGCAGCCCAUGUCACGGGACAUAGCAAGAAAGACACAACUAUCAUAAAAAUUUUAUCAAAUGAGCAAUACCAUGGGCAUAAAAUUACUGAAUGGUCUAAUAAUACCCUGUCAGAUAUGAACAGCAUCAAAGUGCAGAAUGGAGAACUGGUCAUUGCAAAAAGUGGCUUUUAUUAUAUCUAUGCACAGACAUAUUUCCGUAACCAGGAUCCUGAAGGGAAAGUAAAACAACUAGUGCAACACAUUUAUAAAAGGACAAGCUACCGAGUACCCAUAGCACUAAUGAAAAAUGUAAAGACGACUUGUUGGGCACAAAGUACAGAAUAUGAACUUUAUUCCAUUUAUCAAGGUGGGGUGUUCAAGCUAAAUGAAAAUGAUCGGAUAUUUGUCACUGUGAGUCAUAAAAAUAUGCUUGAUAUGGAAGAGAAAGCUACUUUUUUUGGUGCGUUCCUAGUAUUCUGAACACAAAUAAGUGUAAAUGCACAAACAGAGACAGUUAAAGUAUAAAAACUGAUGGGGGGGAAUUUAUCGGUAGCGCAGAUUUUUGCCUAACAUGAAACCUGCUACACAAGUGUGUGGUUUUCUCAGUUACUGCACAAAAUGUAUUAUGCUGCGCUCGUCACUUUAUAAAUUCAUGCAAAUGACUGGAAGAAUGGAAAGAUCACAUACAUUCCUGCUCCAGACAGUGACACAAAUAUAUUUGUGCAAACAUUUUUACAAAUACAGCACACCAAUUGGUGUAUCUGCCUACCACGCCCCCUGGAAGCGCACAACAAGAAAAACGAUAAAGCCAGCAUGGAUAAUAUGAAAAUUACGCAAAAUUAGAUGAUAAUUUAAGGGGCAAGCCAAUACAAAAAUAAAAACACAAUGUGUAAGCAAUUUUGCAGGUGCAUGAGAGUUGAUAAAUUCCCCCGAUGUUUUUGACUUUAAGAAGCCGCUGAAGCAAACCUUUACCAUGCAUAUCAGACUUGGGGUCCCAUGCCAACUCUAAUGUGUUGGGGACUUGGUUUCCCAGCCUCAUAUCAGUGCCUUAAAGGAGUACUCCAGUGGAAAACUUUUUUUUUUAUCACCUGGUGACAGAAAAUUAAACAGAUUUCUAAAUUACUUCUGUUAAAAAAUAUAUUUGUCCUUCCAGUACUUAUUAGCAGCUGUAUGCUACAGAGGAAAUUCUUUUCUUUUUGAAUUUCUUUUUUGUCUUGUCCACAGUGCUCUCUGCUGACACCUGAUGCCCGUAUCAGGAAAUGUCCAGAGCAGGAUAAAAAAAGAUUUUAAAAAAUCCCCACAGCUGCUAAUAAGUACCGGAAGGAUUAAGAUUUUUAAAUAGAAGUAAUUUACAAAUCUGUUACACUUACUGGCACCAGUUCAUUAAAAAAAAAAGUUUUCCACCGGAGUACCCCUUUAAAGGAACAACAAUAAAUCUAGCAAUUAAUGUUUAAGGUAAACAGGAGAUAAACUUGCUCACAUUGUUUGUUAGUCUGCAGGAUAUUCUGCAAUGUUCCUAACACACUUGUCUUGUAGACAUCUUGCAGAGAACACAAGUGUAAAUGGCCUCCUGAUCUCAUUCAUUUUUGGCUGUUAGGCACCUGAGGGGGCGGAGCUUAGCAUUCCUGGUCUCCUACUGCAGGCAGGGCAGAGAAGGGAGGAUCCUGCUCCAGUCAGUUGUCUUAAAGGGAAUGUGUCAUCUAUUUUUUUUUUCAUACUGACCAGAGGCAGAUAUUCAAACAUGUUCUAAUUUUCCUAAUCUGUUUCUAUUUUAUGGUUGCACUUUUUUUUAAAUUAUUAUUAUUAUUUUUGUACAAUAUUAUGAGGCUGCCAUCUUGCCUGAAUUGUUUUUAACAGCAUUUAGUGAUAUGCUUUACAGCAGGACCUGAGGACAAUAGACAGGGCCUUUCUCAUUCAAAUUAUUUGUGACCUUUUGUAGAGGUCAUUCUACAGGGGAAGAUGAUGAAAGGCGUUACUGUCACAUGAUCUGCACAGAACAGGAAGAAUCAGCUUAGUAUGAGACCUAGUGGCCAGAAUGGAAACUACAUGAUUUUAGGACUAUUAUAAAAUAUAUAUGGAAAAAUUGAAAAUUUGAGGAAAUAUCACCAAAAAUUGGAAAAAAUAUAAUUAACAUGAAAACCUGAUUUAAGCAAUAGGUCAUUUUCUUAUGACACAUUCCCUUUUAAAGCCAGAGGCAAAAUUGUGAGAAGGAGGCAGGGAGAAAUGGCUUAUCUCCUGGGAUUCACAGAAAAGCUAAAAGGAGGACUUUUGGGGCAUUCCUACAGUUCUUUUUAUGUUGCUGUAUUUUCUAGGUCUAGUCUUUUAAUAUUCUUAGGAACUGAACCAAGUAACAAAUCACUGUUCACAAUAUUAUAUACUUUGCAUACUACCUAUACUUGCUCCAUUCUUCUUGAAGCCCAUUACUUGGUAACUUAAUGUCAUGGAAUGAAUCCAAAACAUUUUGGCUCCACUGAUAUUAAUAUAUUUCCAAGUAAGCAACACUAUGUGUGGACAGCUCCCUCCCUUGUGUUUCCAGCACCAGCGCACAGGCUAGCCGGCAGCGUCCCCAGACUGGAUCAACGAUAUAACAAAGGAAUGUCCAGCGCCAAGUGCGGUAAAAUGACAGGUAUUUUAUUGUAGGAUCAGCAGAUACAAACUUGC